GGAAUUAUACCAAACCCGAGGCCUGUGAGAACUCCCGAAGACAAGUUGUAUAAAACUCGGUACUGUGCGUACCAUAAGUCUCCAGGACACAAUACCGAUGAGUGUCUCGGUCUUUUGUCGGCACUCUUACGUUUAAUCGGGCAACCCCAGCUUCAAAAGUUUCGAAAUUUUGAUAACCGCCGGAAAGGAAGGCCCUUGGAUCUUUCAGACGACGAAGAUGAGGACAACCGACCUGCUAACCAGAAAAGAGCUCAUGCAAACGAUAAGGAAGUUUUUAUGUUUUCUACUCAUGUCGGAACUUCGGCCGACAACCACAGGAAACCUAAGAUAUAUGAUCCCGCAGAUUUUUUACAUUGCAUACCUCGAGUCAACUCCAAUAACAAACAGUUAGAUACGUCUCGACGGAAAGUCAAAGCUUAUGCUCGGGAAGCACAGAAUGCCGAGAAACGAGUCAUGAAUGUUGAUCUUCGAAAUACCAUCAACAAAUGGAAUUGCCCUAUCACGUUCAGUAUUGAAGACGCUAAUUUAUUCGCUCAUCCUCAUUCCGAUGCUCUUAUCAUAACCGCCCCGAUUGGGGGGAUUCCUGUUCAUCGGAUCUUGGUCGACACAGGAGCUUAUUCAAGCAUUUUAAUGCUCCGCACCUUCAAGAAAUUGGGUUUGGACCCAACAGACAUUAGACCGUGUAACGAUCAGAUUCAAGGUUUCAAUGGAAGCAUUUCUUGCCCUGUUGGCGAAAUAUUGCUCCCUAUUCGGUUUGGUGGCUUUGGGCCGAAAUCCAAGAUCAUUAUGGAAACUUUCAAAGUCUUGGAUGUCCAAAACGAAUAUAAUGCUGUAAUAGGACGAACCGCACUUUAUAAACUUCGUGCUGCUGUGUCAAUUUUUCAAA